AUGGCAACCCUCCUAUUCUGUCUCUCUGCUGCUCCAGGGGCUGGACAGGAAGUACAGACGGAGAAUGUGACCGUGGCUGAGGGAGGGGUGGCGGAGAUAACCUGCCGCCUGCACCAGUAUGAUGGCUCCAUAGUUGUCAUUCAGAACCCAGCCCGGCAGACCCUCUUCUUCAAUGGCACCCGUGCCCUGAAGGAUGAGCGUUUCCAGCUCGAGGAGUUCUCCCCGCGCCGCGUGCGGAUCCGGCUCUCAGAUGCCCGCCUGGAGGACGAGGGGGGCUACUUCUGCCAGCUCUACACGGAGGAUACCCACCACCAGAUUGCCACGCUCACUGUACUGGUGGCCCCGGAGAAUCCCGUGGUGGAGGUCCGGGAGCAGGCGGUGGAGGGAGGCGAGGUGGAGCUCAACUGCCUAGUUCCUCGGUCCCGCCCUGCCGCUGUCCUGCGCUGGUACCGGGACCGCAAGGAGCUGAAAGGUAUGAGCAGCGGCCAGGAGAAUGGCAAAGUCUGGAGCGUGGCGAGCACCGUGCGGUUUCGUGUGGACCGCAAGGACGACGGCGGUAUCGUCAUCUGCGAGGCGCAGAACCAGGCGCUGCCCUCCGGACACAGCAAGCAGACGCAGUACGUGCUGGACGUGCAGUACUCUCCCACCGCCCGGAUCCAUGCCUCCCAAGCUGUAGUGAGGGAGGGAGAUACGCUGGUGCUAACGUGUGCUGUAACGGGGAACCCCAGGCCAAACCAGAUCCGCUGGAACCGCGGGAACGAGUCUUUGCCGGAGCGCGCCGAGGCGGUCGGGGAGACGCUUACGCUGCCAGGCUUGGUAUCCGCAGAUAAUGGCACCUACACCUGCGAGGCGUCGAACAAGCACGGCCACGCGAGGGCGCUCUAUGUACUCGUGGUGUACGACCCGGGUGCGGUGGUAGAGGCUCAGACGUCGGUGCCCUACGCCAUUGUGGGCGGCAUCCUGGCGCUACUGGUGUUUCUGAUCAUAUGCGUGCUGGUGGGCAUGGUCUGGUGCUCGGUACGGCAGAAGGGGUCCUAUCUGACCCAUGAGGCCAGUGGCCUGGAUGAGCAGGGAGAAGCAAGAGAAGCCUUUCUCAAUGGCAGCGACGGACACAAGAGGAAAGAAGAAUUCUUCAUCUGACCCCACCUCCAUGCGGGCCUGGGCCUGGGCCUGGGCCUGGGCUGGGGUCCACCCCACUGCCAGCUGCAAAGACAUUUACCAGAGUCUGGGAUGGUGGACUUCUCCCCCCGCCGCCACUAACACCUCAGACGCUUGGGCAGGGAUGGGGGUGUCGGAUCCCAGGUCUCUGCAAGGGCCCGAAGCAAGGGCCCAGAGGUCUGGGCCCCCCAGGGGGCAGGGGCCAAAGGUCCGGAGCCCCCAAGUCCAGGGAGGGCGGUAGGGGUUGGGUUGGGGGAAGGCCAGGGCCCCUAGGCUGCAGAACCAGGUCUUGUGGGGAGGGGGUCAGAUUCUGGG